UCAGCAGCAAGGCAACAUGGAGGUCACAGCUCUCUGCUUCAGACUGUCAACAAAUGUGUUGAUGCUGCUGGUGGCGCAACUUCAUGCAAAUGCAGCUUUUUCUCGUAUUGUUCCAUCCAGACUGCAGCUCUUUGAAUAUGAGUCUGUCUCUUUUAAUUGUGAGAGUGUUAAUGGCUCAGCUGGAUGGGAAGUUGUAAGAAAGGUGAAGGGAGAAUUUACCACAUGUGCUGCCAAGUGGAGGAUGUACUCAGGAUCCCUCUGUGCCAUUAGAAAUGCCUAUCCAUCAGAAAGUGGAGAGUACUGGUGUCAGACUAAAGAAGGAGGGAGAAGUAACAGUGUCAACAUCACUGUCACUGCUGGUUCAGUGAUCCUGGAGAGUCCUGUCCUUCCUGUGAUGGAGGGAGACGCUGUCACUCUGCACUGCAGAACCAAAGAAGCUUCCUCCAAUCUCACAGCUGAUUUCUAUAAAGAUGGCGUCCUCAUCAGGAGCAGCUCUACAGGAGAGAUGACCAUCCACAGUGUCUCCAAGUCUGAUGAAGGACUCUACAAGUGUAAUAUCUUUGAUGUUGGAGAAUCACCAGUCAGCUGGAUGGCUGUCAGAGAACUUGACAGAGAGCCUCGUCCCUCCUCAGAUGACUCCUGUCACAGUUACCUCUUCUCAAGGAUGGUGUUCACCAUUGUGGUGGUGGCUCUGUUGCUUCUGCUGCUGGGACUACUUCACUGUUGGAACCCUGGAAGCACAUAUAAAUAAUACACACAAACUUAAAUGUAAAGGUGGGAACACUUUACAGUUGAUCUCAUGGAGAAUUAAAGCUGUCUUUUUUUUUCUAAUUUUAUGUUAUUUUUUCUCCAACCCUCUGCCCAUGGAGAGUUCCUUUUUGGUCACAUUGUCAGAGCUACAGUAGUGGGGAAUCACUUAUUUUAUAUUUUAAUAUAAGUUUAAUCUCAGUUUUUUACUGUGUAACUUCUACUGCUGUUGAAGUGGGAUAUAACAUGUAAGGACUUGUUUAUUCUUUCAGCCACUGUUAGACUGUGUCACCAGCAGAAAAGGUUACAGUUAAAACCACAGAGGUACUGACUGACGCAUGAACUAUUUUCAAAAAGGCAAUCCGUCAGUACAGCAUACCGUGUUUUGUAUUUUAUUUAGACACAACUUGCACUGGUGAAUUUGAGCUUGUCAAACACAAACCACAAGAGUAAGUAACAGGUAAAAAAAACAUGUGUCAUGAAGCUCAAGUAUCAAGAAAAAAACAAAAGUU